AGCAAACAAACUAUAAUCUGCAAAUCAAAAUCAAAGCAAAAUUAAAGAAAGAAAGCAAAAAUGCCUUGUGCAAUAGCAUUAACAAACUCUCCAAUCUUCUCACCAUCUCAACAAACACCAAAAAUACUUUCGCCAUUUUACUGUAAACCAUCAUCUCUAUCAUCGCCAGUAAAUCGCAAUUCGUUUCAUGCAUCGUCGUCUUUAUUAUCUCCAUCACCAAAAUCACCUCUAUCGCCGUUGACUUACAACAGAAAUCUCAGAGAAGAGGCGGAGAGGGAGGUGGCGGUGUGUUCCACGUCAUCAUCGUCGUCGUCGACGAUUUUGAAGAGGAAAAGGCCGGCGAGGAUUACGAUUCCGAUUUCGUCGUUGAGUUUAGAACAGGUUGAUCAAACGCCGAGGGAAGAGAUUAGUAGGUUAGAUGAAGUGGAAGUUGAAGGAGAAGGAUACUCUGUCUAUUGUAAAAGAGGGAAAAAAAGAGGUGAAAUGGAAGAUCGGUAUUCGGCCAUAGUUGAUGAAUCUAAGGACGGCUCUAAACAGGCCUUUUUUGGUGUAUUUGAUGGACAUGGCGGAGCAAAAGCGGCCGAGUUUGCAGCAAAGAAAUUGGGCAGGAACAUUAUAAAUGAAGUAGCGUUACGGAGUGAAGACGGACUUGAAGAGGCAGUUAAAGAGGGUUACCUCACUACAGAUACAGACUUCCUAAAGCUGAAUACAAAUGGAGGGAGUUGUUGUGUUACAGCACUGAUACAAAAUGGACAACUUAUUGUCUCAAAUGCCGGUGAUUGUCGCGCUGUAAUGAGCAGAGGAGGCGUAGCAGAGGCGCUCACAGUCGAUCACCGGCCUUCUAGGCAAGAUGAAAUGGAAAGAAUUCAAAGCCUGGGUGGAUAUGUAGAUUGUUGCCGGGGUGUGUGGAGAAUACAAGGAUCUCUUGCUGUGUCAAGAGGAAUAGGAGAUUCCCAUCUUAAGAGAUGGGUAAUAGCUGAACCAGAGACAAAAAUAUUGAACCUUGAACCAGAAUGUGAAUUCUUGAUCCUUGCCUCUGAUGGACUUUGGGAAAAGGCUAGUAAUCAGGAAGCAGUGGAGCUAAUUCGACCUUUGUGCAUAGGUGUUGAUAACCUGCAGCCAUUAUCUGCUUGCAAAAAUCUUGUUGAUUUGGCAGUAAUAAGAGGAUCCUCUGAUGAUAUAAGUGCAAUGGUCAUUCAACUAAGUCAAUUUGUUCAAUAAGCAAAUGCUAGGAAGAAUUAAUCUGCUUGAAUGAUGAAGUAGCUGGUGUUCAGGUUUUGGUCACUUGCAAAACCAUGGAAGUUCACAGGCUAAAUUAUCAGAUAUUUUGAUUCUUAAUCAAGUUUAACAGGUAUAGUUAUUAGUGUCAUAUGUAAUUUGCUGGAUAACUACAAAUGCUAAGGUCACGAGUUAGAGUCGUGGAAGCUGUCAUUAAUGCUUGCAUUAGGUUAGACCGUCUACAUCACAGCCCUAGGAGUGCAACUCUUCCCGGACCCUGGUGAAUGGAGAAUGCUCUAUGCACCGGGGUGCCCUUUAACUACAAAUGCUAAGGUGUUAGAAUUAGAGGGCAAUUGUUGAUGAACAUAUGUGUGUUAUCUACUAGAUUCCUUGGAUCAUCUGAGGUCAAUUCAAUUUGGAUAGGCUUAACAGGUUACUUGUUAGACACUAGUUUUGGAAGCAAAUUAUUUAGACUAUAGAAGGCAUGAUUUUCCUGUAUAUUUUCCCCCAUUCCGGGAUGACUUGUAAACCUUAAUUAUCAAAUUUAGAUAUGAAAUAUUAGAAUUUAAUGACUUA